GUUGGAUCAGUCGUUUCACAAGUUGAAUUGGGAAAGACGUGUUCGCGUGUGUUGACUGGAAAAAUCAUGAUUGUAUAACUAAAGUGACUAUAAUAUUGUAAAGCUUGAAGAAUUCUAAUUAUCAGAAACCAAAGAUGACGUUCAAGGGCCUUUUGUGUGUUAGCGUUCUGUUUAUCGUAACUUCGGCACAAAUCUAUGAUCCUGGUGAAUCAAGUGAUCCAAAUGAACACAACGAUAAUAAAUUAGCAUCUGGAAUAAAUGAGUUAGGCUUCCAGUUAACGAAACAAUUGAUGAAAAGUAACGGAAAUGAGAAGAAUGUAGUUCUCUCUCCAGCCAGUAUAUCAGGUUUACUGGCUAUGACAUUAUUAGGCAGUGUUGGAGAAGCAUACGAUGAACUCGCCCAAGCACUUCAGUUUUCUAAAGACAUAAAACUGAACCGCAACACACACGAGCGAUUCGGCGAAUUAUUACGAGCAUUAAAUUCUGACAAUGCCUCAAGUAAAACUUUAUACGCGGAUGUUGUUUUUGCUGACAAGAGUUCCAAAUUGAGAGAGGCGUACCGCGAGUACUUAAAGAGGGUGUACAAUGGUAACGCGAUAGGCCUCGAUUUUAAGGAUCAACAAACAGCAAAAGAUACAAUUAAUGAGUGGGUGAAAGAGAAUACGCAGGGCAAAAUACCGAGCUUUCUAAAAGAUAGCCUACCGGUCUCUACCAAAGUAGUUUUAUUGAGUGCAUUAUACUUUAGUGGCCAAUGGAAACACCCAUUUUUAGUUGAAUAUACGCAAAAGUUACCAUUCAAUGCUCCAUUAGAGAAAACAGUCAUGGUAGAUCAAAUGUUGAAUAUAGGCAGUUUUCCAUAUUUGUCUUCUUACACUGAUGAUCUUCUCAUGGUUGCUCUACCAUAUAAUGAUAGCAUGACGACCAUGUAUGCGAUAAAACCUCGCCGUCCACGAAAAAUGACUUUACCAGAUCUUUUGGACAAAUUAGAUUAUUAUAAAAUUGAUGAAUUGAUUAAUAGAUUGUCGGACAGAAAAUGUGUUAUUAGGUUUCCUAAAAUGGACCUUCAAAAGACUGAAAAAUUAGAGGAUUCCCUAAAAGCUCUUGGGAUUAAGUCUAUUUUCACACCAGGACAAGCAAAUUUCGCUUUGAUGAUAGAUUCUAAUAGUGUUGAAAACAAAACUGAAACAAAAUUAUUGAGCAGAAUAAAUACUGAUGAUGAAGAAACAUCCAGGUCAUUCAAAGAGAUGGUGAACGGUCUUCCUAAUCCCGGAGUGUUUGUUGACACAAUACUACAUGAUGUUAAAAUAAAAAUUGAUGAAUAUGGUACUGAGGCAGUCGCUGCAUCCGGUGGUAUUUUAGCUCGGACUGCUGAACAGUUUUAUGCGGAUUCACCAUUUUACAUAUUUAUACGAAAUGAAAGAACAAAAUUAGUGACUUUUAGUGCAGUUGUUUUUGAUCCAACAUCAUGAAAACUGAAGUUAAUGGAAGACUAUUAAUAUUAUUUCUAUCAACUAAGA